CUGAGACGUGCUGAAUCUCUCGAUUGAGUGGUGCUUAAAGCAGCCUUGCAGAAAUCGAUGCAUUCCUCAAAUAAUCUCCAUUUGCUGAUUGGCAGUGAAGCUAAGCACCACAGGGGCCCCUUAUAGGAGGCCUCAAUGCAAAUAUGUCGCCAGAAUCCCCUACCAUCGCUAACACGUCUUUUGAAACCGAAGCUAACUCACCCGUCAACAGAGUUCUUACAACUGUGUCAGCGAGUCUUUCGUUAUUGGGAACUUCUCUGAUCAUAAUCACAUUCAUCGCAUGGAAAGACUUGAGAUCGUCUUCCAGAAAGAUACUUGUGUUUAUUUCAAUAGGCGAUUUCUUAAUCGCUGGAGGUAAUUUGUUUGGAGUAUGGCUGCCGGAAAAUGAUCGAACUACUGCUGCGUGCAAAGCUCAGAGUUUUGUCACAACUUGUGCCUCGCUUUGGUCAUUUUUUUGGACGACUUUUCUAUCCAUAUUCAUGUACACUGCUGUGGCAAGAAAGCAGGCUGAAAAAGCUGACAAGAUGCUGAGAUAUUUCCACAUUUUUGCUUGGGUUAUUCCGUUAACAGUAACUGGUAUCGCCUUUAACAAGUUAGGAAAUGACUAUGAUUUCUACAGUGCUGGCUGGUGUUGGAUCAGUGGCGAGUUGAAGACAAAUGAGAAACGAAAAUGGAUGUUACUCACAGGCAAAGCGUGGGAAGUGGCUGCAUAUGUUCUUAUUUCUACAUUUUAUUGGAUGUUAAAGUGUCAUAUUCGUAAGGAGGUCUAUCAUCACCAAAAGUUUUCAUCUCAACAGUCAAAGGAAUUUGCUAUUAAAGCAGAGAGAAGGCUUACAUUGGUACCCAUCAUUUUUAUUCUUGUGCGCAUUUGGGGUACAAUUCGCUUCAUCAUUUAUUUGUCGGACAGUGUAGCAACUUUUAAUUCAGAAUGGGAAAAAGCUCUUCUUUACCUUCAGGGAAUUGGUGACAGCAGCCAAGGUUUUGCAAACUUUUUACUAUUUUGUCUUUUCACUAAAAAAUUCAGAGUUAGUCUGAAACUUGCUGUUAAGGAAUGUCUUAUGUGCUGCAAAUCACCAUCAGAUGAUCCACCUCCAAGGAUAGACACAUCUGCUGAGUAUCAAAAUGGUUGUAGAACAUUGAUCAAUGAAAGGUCAAGUCUUCAAGCAAGCACCAGCACAUCAGUAGAAUAAGGACCAUGAGUUCCAUCUACAAAGGACACCAAGGAACCAUUAAUUCCAUAAGGAUGACUACAUGAUGGACAGUAUUAAUCCUUUCACUCCCAAGAUCUCAUUAGCUAUUCUCCUUACUGUCUACAAUUGUAAUGAUAUAACUUCUGAGAAUUUGACAUGUUUUUCUUUAUUCUCAUCUUUUAUCUGCUUGAUAUUGUACAGAUAUUGUAGGGAGAAAUUCUGUCUUGGUUACUCAUGGGAGUUAAAGGGUUAACCAGACUUAAACCAAACUUAAACUUACUAAUCAGUCAAUAGAAUAAUUAUUGGACUGCAGGUUACACUUGCUGUUGGGUAUCUAUUUUCCUGACGGCUAAAGGCCUUAAACUGAUCAUUCAAAUUUUUUAUCCUAAAGAUAUUCCCUCAUUUUUGCUCUUCCAGAACUGAGUGGUAAUACAAAACAAACAAAGGAAGAAGGAAAAUCUGUAUGGAUAAAACCUCAGGCAUCACUUGAAAGUUAAUGAAAAUAUAUUGUCUUGAUUCCUUGAAA